AUGACUGAUAUUAAGGAUCAUGCAUUCGUUAGUAAUUUAGUCAAAGUUAGUCAAAUGACUUACCAAAUUCAUGAAAAAGAUUCUAUUGUGUCGACAUCUGUGUCGAAUGAGUGGCAAGAAGUUGAAAAUCAAAUUGAGAAAGGAUUAAUUGGUGAUUAUAAGAGCAUUUGGGAGACAAUUAUUUCAAUCCUAGUGGUAAUUUUAGCGUUAGAUUUUGGAUUAAGGUUCUCGAUGAUUAUUGCUGAAAUGUAUGCGGGCAAUGGGCGACUAGGUAGACUUAUUUUUGGAUCCGAAGUUCAGAAGGCUCCACCCCCUAGGAGAAUGUUAGACAUUCGAAGAGUACCAGAACCCAUUGUAGAGCUAGAUGAAGCAUAUGAAGAACCAGUAAACAGGCCACUAUCGAUUUCUUGGCCUCCUUCAAUAAGAAAUAACGCUAACUCCAAUACUUUACCAAGAAGCACCGCAAAUACAAGACCUAGGAGCAAAUGCCAAUACUGUUGUGAUUGAUGUCAGUUUAAAUAGUAUUC